CCUCCUGAAAUUAAUCCUGAGCUCAAGGAUCAGUUGGUUACAUAUAAUUCACCGCUUGAGUUCAAAUGCUCUCUAGGCGGUGUCCCUACACCUGAGAUACGCUGGACUAAGGAUGGGUUGAAUAUCAGUAACAACAACAUUCUCAGGAUUCAUCAAGCGAGAUUGGAAGACUCUGGUAAAUACACAUGCAGGGCCAAUAACAGCGAAGGGAGCAAAAACUCAACUUUCUGGAUCGAAGUGGCGGGUACGGUACGGUUCUCAUUUACAUAUAAAAAAGAUAAGAACAAAAUUUGAUUCUGAGGUACUAAAUCAGAUUUAAGGGCUUGAAACCACAAAAGUUCAAAAUUGAUUAAAAUAAUAAAAAAAGUAAUCAAAUAAUGAUAACAUUUAAAGAGUGAGAACAUGCCAACUUAUUUUCAUGGAAUUGAAAUUUGCUAAAUCAGCAAAAAUGAAGUUGGAUUAAAAUAGACUUGGCAAUAUUGUAGUUUGCUUUUAUUUUGAAACUAGUUAAUUUAGGGUUGGAUUAGGGACGGGGGAGAGGGGGUUAAAAUGGACAAUACGGCCCUUUGUUUAACUUGGUGAUCUAUUUAUUUCAAGUCUCUCCCAAGAUUAUUACGCCUCCGAUAAGCCGAUAUGUUACCGAAGGAGACCGUGUAGACCUUAUUUGUAUAGCCUCAGGUUUUCCAAAACCAACCUUGGUCUGGACUUUUAAUAAUGGUAACCUGCCAUCUGGUAUCAAUCAAUUCAAUCGCGAAGGAGAAUCAAAC